GCCUCGGUAGUCAGAUUCAUUCGACAGCAGCAGAGAGGCUGUCGCUUCAUUCAGCCUGUUGAAAAUUUGUGUUCCUUUUCUGUUUUUGGCCGCAGAGGCUCCAUCCAGUUGAACUUUAAAUAUCUGGAUUUCUGAGAGUUUUCUUGAUUCUUACUGAGUGAUUUUAAUUUUGAAGUCUGCAACCAUGUCGACGGCAGUGGAGGUAACCGGCUUCGUCAUGGCCGUGAUCAGCUUUCUGGUGACCGGAGCAUCGUUGUCAAACGACUACUGGAAGAUUUCCACCGUGUCCGGCAGCGUCAUCAUCUCCCAGAGGCAGUUCGAGAACUUAUGGCACGCCUGUGCCGAAAACAGCGCGGGCAUCGCUGAGUGUCGGGACUUUGACUCAUUACUGGGCCUCCCAGCUCACGUUCAGGCGUGCCGCGCCCUCAUGAUCAUCUCUCUGCUGUUUGGCCUCGGCUGCAUCAUCGUGUCUCUGCUCGGGCUCAAGUGCAUCAAGAUCGGCUCCACCACAGAGGAAUCCAAGGCCAAGAUCGCCACCACGGGGGGCAUCCUGAGCAUGCUGGGAGGUCUGUGCUGCAUCAUCGCAUGUUCCUGGUACGGAUACCAGGUCGUCCAGGACUUCCACAACCCGUUCAAUGGAGGAGUGAGGUUUGAACUCGGGACCGGUCUGUACCUGGGCUGGGCUGGAGGCGCCCUGGCUGUCCUGGGCGGCGCUCUCCUCUGCACUGCCUGUAAGAGGGUGACAGCUGCCAAGAAAGGCGGAUACUUUGGAAAGUCUCAGCAGAAGGUUUACACCGCCACCGCCAAAUCUGAUCCGGACUCAUCCAGAGCCUACGUCUAACACACACAUAUCUGCGUACUCACUGUCAGGGUGCUUACUUACAUAGGAAGCUAACUUUAAGCUUUUUCUACGCUAAAGUUGUCUAGUGACUGAUGGUCUCUCGACAGGCUUAUGCUCCGCCCAGAAUUAUGACAUCAGGGAUGCAUUCAGAUCAUUUGCUUUAUUAUUAGUUUUUUUUAUUAAUCAUAGAGGCAAAGCUCAUGCUGAAGUUUAACUGUUUUCUGUCCUUUUUCCUGUUUUUUUUAAGUUGAUGAUGUGGAGUCUUCAUCACUGAUCUCAUGAAUACAGAAGUUUGAGACUACUGGGUCUCAAUUGUAACUCAGAGUUUGUUUGUACCAGAAUAAAGUUUAUAUUACACAAUAAA